AUGACAAACUACAAAAUCUCAAUCGUCUCCGACACCGUAUGCCCCUGGUGCUACGUAGGCAAAAACCGCCUCCAAGUCGCCAUCACAAAACACCUUCAAUCCCACCCUACAGACACAUUUACAACAACAUGGUACCCCUUCUACCUAAACCCCGAUGCUCCAAAGCAAUCCCGCGAUAAACAAACAAUCUACGUUGAGAAAUUCGGCGCCCAGCGUGUCGAAAUGAUGCAACACCGUCUUUCGGAAAUCGGUGCAGAGUUGGGUAUCAACUUUGCUUAUGGUGGUAAAACUGGAAAUACUAGGGACUCGCAUAGGGUUGUGCAAUUGGCAAAGUUGAAGGGAGAGGAGACGCAGACGAGAGUCAUGGAAAUGCUGUUUAAUGCGUAUUUUGAAAAGAAUGAGGAUAUUACCGAUCAUGCUGUUUUGACAAAAGCGGCUGUGGGUGGUGGAUUGGAGGAGCAGGAGGUAAAGGAGUGGUUGAGCAGUGACAAGGGUGGGCCCGAGGUUGAUCGUGAGGUCGCUGCUGCUCAGAGGAGGUUUAUUUCUGGUGUUCCUCACUUUACCAUCCAGGGCAAGUACGAGGUUGGUGGUGCAGAGGAGCCUGCCACUUUCUUGCGAAUCUUCGAGGAGGUCAAGAAGUCAGAGGGAGGCUCUGGCACCACUCAAGUCUCGUCUGGCAACACAUGCUAG